GUUAAAGUAAUUUUAUCAUUAAUAUAAAUUCGUAUUUUUGUUACGAGAUGUAAAAUGUGUGUCAUUUGCGUGUGUGGGUGUAUACAAAUAGCAUAAUUUAAGGAACUGCAGGAUCCGCAGAUUGAGUACAACUGCCACGUAUAGGUACACAUGCAAAAUCCAAACACGGUGGCUUGGAUCCAAAGCAGAGCCUUUUAUCUUUUCAUAACCUUCGCCAGAUUACAAAAGUCGUACGUUAGAGAGGAACUCCUGGUAAGCCGAGCGACUGAUAACAAUGCUGCAAGUAGAUGACAGAAAGGCACGUGGUCAUCAACGCAGUCCCUCAGAUACACAGGCAUUUCGCGAGAGGACCAAACGUGACGCCCUGAUCGAACUCCACAAUGAACUCGAGAAGCUCGAGACCACAGCGCCCGGUGACGACCUGAAGGAGGAGUUCCACCGACAGUUCGACGGUUUCACUCAUUUGUUCAAACGGUUCCUGCAAGAGGAAGGCCCGUCGCUGGAAUGGGAUCGUAUGCAGAAACUUCCCGACGAUGCGGUACGAGACUACAAUUCUUUACCAACCCCGGAAGGAGAAGAACUGAAAAUUCUUUUGAACAAGCUAGUUGUUAUUAAAUUGAACGGUGGCCUAGGAACUAGUAUGGGAUGCCAUGGACCAAAGUCUGUAAUUGCAGUGCUGGUUCAGCAAAUCGAGUAUUUGAACAAAACUUAUAACUCGAACGUACCUCUAAUUUUGAUGGAUUCCUUCAACACCGAUGAUGAUACACAACGUAUCAUUAGGAAAUACAAAGGGAUAGAUGUUGAUAUUCAUACGUUUAAUCAGAGCUGUUAUCCUCGUAUUAAUCGAGAUUCUUUGCUUCCAAUCGCUAAACACUGCUUCGUUCCAGAUGAUAUUGAAGCGUGGUAUCCCCCUGGUCACGGAGAUUUUUAUGAAAGUUUCAGAAGUUCAGGUUUACUAAAGAAAUUUUUGAAAGAAGGUCGCGAGUACUGUUUCAUUUCCAACAUUGAUAAUCUGGGUGCGACUGUAGAUUUUAAAAUCUUGAAGUUAUUGCUGGACAAACGUGAAGCAUCUCCUCUUGAAUUCGUUAUGGAAGUUACUGACAAAACUCGAGCUGAUGUUAAGGGUGGAACACUGAUUAAAUACGAAGAUAAGCUUCGCCUUCUUGAAAUUGCACAAGUUCCGAAAGACCACGUGGACGACUUCAAGUCCGUGAAAACAUUUAAAUUCUUCAACACGAAUAAUUUGUGGAUCAAACUCAGUGCCAUCGAAAGGGUAGUGGAGACAAAUUCGUUGAACAUGGAGAUUAUUGUUAACAAUAAGACAUUUGCGAAUGGCCUAAAUAUUAUCCAAUUAGAGACAGCUGUAGGUGCUGCAAUGAAAUCAUUCGAAGGAAGUAUUGGUAUAAAUGUGCCACGUAGCAGGUUCUUACCAGUAAAAAAGACCUCAGAUUUAAUGCUUGUUAUGAGUAAUUUGUAUACUCUCCGCAAUGGUUCCUUAGUAAUGAGUCCUCAACGAAUGUUCCCUACAACACCCCUUAUAAAACUAGGCGAUAAACAUUUCUCCAAGGUUAAAGAGUUUCUUACCAGAUUUCCUACUAUACCGGAUCUUUUGGAGUUAGACCACUUGACAGUGUCAGGCGAUGUUACCUUUGGAAAAGGUGUAACUCUUAAAGGGACAGUUAUCAUUAUCGCGAACCAUGGUGAACGUAUUGAUCUUCCAUCAGGCACAAUUUUAGAAAACAAAAUCGUUUCUGGCAAUCUACGUAUUUUAGAUCAUUAAAUUAUCUAAUUGAACGAACAAUGGUUUCAAUUGCUGUAAUUAACAAAGGAAUCAGAUGAAAUUGCA